AUGGCAGAACGGGGGCGCUUUGUGACGCGGCUGGUGCGCGAGUCGGACAUCCCUGCCGUCGCACGCAUUCGGUACGAUGCGUUCAACAACAACCCGCGCAAUACGACUCGCGACGAGAUGUCGGCCAUCCUGGCGCUCGAGAUCGAUCCGGAACUGCAGCGCAUCCCCACGCGCGCCGAGUCGAUCGCGCAGUUGGAACGCAUCAACCGCGAGCUCCUCGCCUCGGGCAAAGUCCACGUCGUCGGCAUCUACCACCUCCCUGCUGGCUCCUCCUCCCCACCGCCACCUCCGCUGACGCUGCCGGAAGCACAAGGCGAGGACCGCGACGCAUCGGACCUCCCCCCCGACUCCGUACUUGCCGGCCUCGCCAUCUGGCAGUAUAUCGACGAACACACGCCUUCGGACAUCCCCGAGAGCAACAAGAAGGAGCUCGAAGCCCCGACGCUCCUCAACCGCUUCUUCGCAAAGAUGAACCGCACCCGCGAAGCAGCAAUGCAGGGUAAGCGCUACUGGUUCCUCAAGCUACUCGUUAUCGAUCCCGAGUUCCAGCGUCAGGGCUUGGGCACCAUCCUCGUCAAGUGGGGCACCGCCAGGGCCGACAAGGACGGCGUGCAUGCAUGGCUCGAGAGCAGCCCCAUGGGCAAGGGUGCUUAUUUGAAGGCUGGCUUCAAGGUGCUCGGUCUAGACAGAGUCGACGAGCCAAGGGCCGAGAAAGGUUACCUCGAGUGGCCGUACAUGCUUCACGAGCCUCGCACAGUAGCAUAG